AUGUGUUAUGGCAGCGCGAAGCCCAUUUUCAUGUCGGAUGCCCCUGGCUUCCUCCAACGGCAACGUGCACGCGCUGCCAAGCACUUGGUGAGCGAACAUGCAGGAACCAUCACCUGCCGCUGCCAGAAGUGCAUUUUAGCCGCAGAGGCACGCACAGGUCCCACCAUCAGCAGCGAAUGGCCACUGCCGCCCGUAAAAUCGGCGGAGGACGCUGUGCGUGCUGUACCAAGUCGUACCCUGCGGGAGCAGAAGGGAACCAGUGGCCGGUUGGAGGAGCGCGGAGAGUCGCUGGUGCAGUGGGACUUCACCUGGCUCCUGCGCGUGAUGUCGGAGCUUUCGCCCUCGGAGGGCGGCGGCCUGGCGGGCACCCUGAGCUACGACGGCGUGUGGACGCCGGACCCACGCUCGCUGCAGGGGAAGCUGGGGAUCUUGGUGCCAGAGACGGUGAUCUUGGAAAAGGGGAAGCCCAAGAGGCGCUAUUUCCUCGACGCCGCCGGACGCAUCGGCGUGGUGCGGAUGAAGACCAGUGCCGAGCUCCUUCGUGUCUUGAGAGACUUCGUGCGCCGAGCUGCUGCGCAGCAUAACGAGCGCCAGGAGAGACGAAGCAGCAUGCGUCGCUCCUCUCGCUCCGAGCCCAGCCUGGCCCGCGCCUUGAGUCCGGCGGCCGACGCCAAGUCCACGGAGACGCCGAGCGCGCUACGGCAGAUCGAGGUGGCGGCCUUGCAUUACAAUGAUGGCCUAUCCAGACAGAUGAUGCUGGCCGAAGCUGUGAGCCAGAUCAAGGGUGCCAGUAAGCUGCCGCGGGAGUUCUGGCAACGCAUGCGGAUGUUGCAGGUGCCCAUCCUGAGUGCCUAUCCCAACAUCCCCGUGAGGUACAUCGCCUACAGCUUCGACAUCAACAGCGGCGGCUUAGCGCCGCAGGAGCCCAUGCCCUUGGGUGGCGGGGCUCGGAUCGAGCUGCGGACCAUGGGGAAGCACUCCCAGCAGGCCGAGUCGGAGGUGGCGCGGAUGGCCGCGGUGCCCAAGGCCUUGAACGAGUUCUUAAAGUCCAAGGCGCGCCGGGUGCGAAUGGAGAUCGUGAAGGGUCUCUUCGAGUUCGUGCUCGACGAGGGCGACAGCACCCUGUGGCUGGCCAACGCCAGCAAGCUUCGGUGCCGCUUCCUGCCGAAGACGGCGCAGGACGGAGUCCACGACGAGACCCUGAAGUCGGAGGUGCUCUUCUUCGAAGAGGAGGACUUCGAAGAGGAGAUGCGAGAGACGGAGAGUGUCAUUGAGUAUCUGAAGAAGCGCUUCGGCGGCGACCCGGGCGUGGCCUCCGGCGGCAAUGGCGUGCGAGGGAUCGAGGUCAGUGCCUCCGACCAACUGGCGGGUGUUGGCGUGCCCAGCAAUCUGGUGAACUUCUACGAAGAGGACGACGAGAGCGACGAGACCGGUUCGCACGGAGCGACGGAAGAGAAGAUGCUACGGUACUACGAAGACGAAGUCCGCAUUAUGGCACUCCGGCGCGAGCGGCUGCCGCAGCACGAGAGCAAGGCGGUGGGCUUGGGCUGCUGGUUCCGCCGUUGGGUCAAGGCGGUGAAGGGCGUGCGACCCCCGCAGGGCUUCCGAGCGCCGGAGGAGGAUGAGACGGAGACACCUAGUGGGGACGUUCCCAGCUAUGACUUGCGUGGGAUGGUGGUCACGGGAACGAUUUCCGUCUCCACCGUAACUGACACCAUGGAGAGACCAUGGUCUCCACCGGUCUCCUCUGGAGCUGAAACAAAGACGACGCCCGAUCUGCAGGAUGUGUUGCCGAAGCACCUUGCACGAGCACAGGAGGCGUUCCAGCGCGUCUCGCAGCAGAUUUCGAGCCUGCGCUCGUCGCGCGCCUCACGCGUCUGCGUGUCCGGCUCCUCGAAGGCAGAGGAGAACGGAGCCCAGGGAGCGAAGAACUUCCAGCUUGCUGAAGCCAAAGAGGAGCUUCGACAGGGACUGAAGGUGCUCCGCGACACGCGGCCAAAGCAUUUGGCCCUGCGGGAGGAAGUCAUGGCAGAGCUUGCCGGGCUGGACAUGGCAUGGGAUCGGCAAGUUGUGCCCAGUAUUCUGGAAGCGAGUGGUCUCAGCCUCUCACCUCAGAAGGUGGACUCUCCUGGCUCCGAGCGACUCGCCACGCCGGGGCGCGGCGUGGGAAGCGCGGCGCCAGCGCCGCCCGAGCGACUCGAGGCGCCCAGUUCGCCCAGCGAAAGGUCGCCCAGUCGCUCGGCCCUCGAGGCAUUCCCGACAACGCCCACGCAGCGAGUGCAGACAGCAACAGUGAGAACACCCGUGCAGGCGAAGCCCAAGACGCCCAGCCCGGUCAAGGUGCGGAAGAUCGUGGGAGGGAAGGAUGAAAGCUGGAUUGCUUGGAACUGGACCAGUUUCCAAGUUGCCAACAUGGGAGAUGCUGGACCACAUCCGCGAGGAGCUCGCUUCGCCCAACCGACGGAUUCCGCCCUUCCCGGGGUGAGCAGUGCAGAAAUUCGACCUGAAGUGCUCCAGGCGCAGAAGGAGGCCGCGGAGUGGCGGAGCCAGGUGGAGGCCGCGCGGACCGAAGCCGAGCGCUUGCGCUGCGAGCUGCUGGAGGCACGGACGUUGAAGUCCGAGGAGGAGCGAGAGCUGGUCGAGUUCAAAGCCCUGCGUGAGAAGGAGAAUGAGCUCCAAAGCAGCAGGAUGGAGGUGCAACAGCUGAAGGCGGAGCUCCAGGAGGCACGUGCCGAUACUCGGCAGCUGGACGAGCAGAUGGCGCAGCAGCAACGAAGCCUGCACGAGAAGUCGGACAAGAUCAUCUCGCUUGUUCAACAACUUGACCAAGAAGUCGAGCAAGUUCGGCUACUUUCAGACGAGAACAACACGUUGCGCCUGGAACUGGGGCGUGACACUGACUACCUGAAGGUGAUCUCGGCCUUGAAGGAGCCCCUGUCCUACCGUUGCAGCGCAGGUGCGCUGAGUGAGGAGCUGGCUGCUCAAGACUUGCGUUUCCGUGAGGAGCUGCGCGGCAUCGCCGCCAAGUUCCCCGGCCUUGGAGGCAAACAUUGCAGCCACUGGUGUGAGCUGCAAGUGUCUCGCGCAUCGGACUGGCACUUGAGCUUCCUCCACCGUUUGCAGGACUUCUGCAAGGACAUUCCAGAGGAUGUCAAGGUGGAGUUCACCACUCCCACAGAGGAAGCCCAGAAGGACUGGCUGGAGCAGGAGGCGUUGAUGUCGCAGGCAGGCAUUGAGUUCCAAGAGACUGAGACGAAGCAUGGCCGAAGGUGGGAGGAGUACCGCCUUAAGCUCACAGAAGAGCGGGAUGUGAAGGUCAAACAACUUCUUGACCAAGCAGAGCGAUCUCAGAGCAAGGCGGAGAAGCAGCUCCUCCUGCACCAGGCGAAGCUCUACGGUCAGCGGAUCGAUGGGCAGCUGGAAAAGGCCUGGGAGGAGCAGCGGAAGGAACGCGACAUGCGCUGGACGCAGCAUCAACAACAGAAGCAGGAGCUACGCCAGAAGAUAAAGGAAGAGUCCCUGGCGGUGGUGCAGCGUGCAGAGGACCAGGCCUCGGCGUCCAGUCGCUUUACAGAGGUGGCCAGUCUGAAGCUGGCCGCCGUGGAGGACACCUGGCUGCGGAAUGCCGAGAAAGCCUCCUCGAUGAAUGCCAGUACUCUGAAAGGAAAGGACUUCGAGACCACGGUGCAUCAGCUGAAGAACACAUUGGCCAAUGCAGCUGUCUCACUGUCCUGUUCAAGUCUUGCGAAGAUGGAACGGCCACUGCCGGCCUCCGGGUCACAGUAUACGGGUGUGGGGUUGGCAGUGGACCAGGUGGAGGAGCUGGUCCAGAACCGCGUGCUCUUGCGUUCACAUCUGCGGGACGAGUUGGAACAACAGUCCCGACAGCAGCUGCGGGGCUGCGUGGAGAGGUUCAUUUUGCAUGAUGCAGACCAAGAUGCGAUGGAGGAGCUCAUUCCUUGUGAGCAGGCGGCCUCCAUCGUGGGCCUCUUACACCUGCGACAGCACCGACACCUCGCAGAUGUGAUGCGCAGACAGUUCCAAGACCACCUCCUGGUGCUACGUCUGUGCUCCCUUGCAGCUGCCUGGCUGCUUCCUCCAGGGACUGUGGCAAGUGAGGACUUGCCGCCACUGCCGCAGUCAGACUCACAAGGACUUGGGGUCGAGAGCGCCAGAUCGAGCGCUGAGCGCGCUGAGAAAGAUGCGGACGCUGCUGAGGGCCACUUCCUGUACCGAACGCUGUGCCAACAGCUGCUGGAUAGAACGCUGCGGUGGCUGAGCGACGUGCAGCGUGACGAGCUCUUGCGCCUGAAGCGGGCGAACAUGGCCGAGCUGCGGCUGACGCUGCAGCAGCUUUGCCAGUUGGAGCCCGUGCAGAUCGAAAAGACUUUGUCGAUGGACCUCAAGGAGUUUGAGGCACAGGUCACCUUGCGACUUCUCUCUGAUGCGCAGCGGCAGAUCAAUGAAGAGCACCAGCGACAAGCCAGUCGA